AUGGCACAGACUUCCUCACACGACACCGCGAUUUUCUUUAGGUCUCCGCUCUCCGCCUUUGCCUUCACCUUCACCGCCGACGGCCGAUCUCGAUCCUCCACCGCCGCUACCCUCCAUGCCCACCGGAGACGCUUCAACAUGGUCUCUCUUGCGGCUCCCGCCGGCGCUAUGCCGCCGCCACCUACUCCGCUCGCCAAGCGCCCUACGAUGGGUCUGAAACGCGACUCUUCUUACCUGGACACAGACGACGAGGCUGGCCUCUCACAAACAACGAAACGGCUCAAAGUCGAAUUCAGCGACGAUGUGGAGGUGAGGAUCAUUGGCGCAGACACGGAGAAGACCUUCGCAUGGGUCAAGGAGAAAGUGCGCGCAGCAAUUCAUGGCCACCUCGCACCUGGUGACGCCCAAGACGAUGCCGAAUAUGCGAAACUACUGGAACUGCUGGGGGAAGAUGCGUACUCGGAUGAUGCCCCGACUUCUAAUCUCCUCAAGAAGUACGUUCUGGCCAUUGGCUCGCAUGUGACAGUCCUCGGGCAAUGCAGCAAGCUGGUCCUCGCUGUGCUUGACCUCUCGUGGCUCGGACGAGACGAGGAAUUCGUGCGCAUCUACGAAGAGUUCCUGCGCGUGCUCGCUACUACACAUGGCAAAUUCACGUUUCCCUUGAUGGAGAGACUUGUUGCGAACUUCGAAAGGCUGCCAGCUUCGAUGGGCAGACUGCCAGGAGACGAUAUCAUUCACCGAGCGACAAUGUUUGACCGACUGCAUAGUGUCAUCGAGACUAUCAUAUCGCACGUCCCUCCAGCCAGUAGUGCACUACUGCGCACGCUACGACAUCAGUUCCCCAACGACCUCUCUACUGCGAAAGGCUACCUCCAAUACCAACGACAUAUGCUCCGAUUGGCCGAGGCGACACCGGAGAUCAAAAGCGAGAUCAUGUCCUUGAUUAUACAGCGCUUGGUCGAUAUAGAUGUUCAGAUCCAGCAAGAUCUCGAGGAUUUGGAGGACGAAGCGGAGGAGAGCUUACUCCAGCGCGACCCAAGACUGCCGGGCGGGGAGCAAGAGGAUGAUGAGGACAGCGACGACGAAUCCGUGUCUGAAUCGGAAAUGACCACAACCGACGAGGAGAUGAGGUUGAAAGAGCUUCGGUUGAAAGUCGCAAAGAUGGAUGGCACUCAGGAUCUGCUGUUUGAGCACUACCAAUCGGCCUUCACGCCCAAUUCUAGCCCGCGGACCAAUGAGGCAUACCAGGAGCUACUGUCGCAUUUCAACAACUUCAUCAUGCCACAUCGAUCGAGACACGCGCAGUUCCUUUUGUUUCACUUCUCGCAGUACUCGUCAGCAUACUCGGAAGACUUCAUCGACCGGUUCAUCAGGCGCACUACCGCUCGAGAUGUCGCAGCCCCGCUGCGCUUGCAGGCAUGUGCUUAUGUGGCAAGCUUCACCGCGCGUGCUUCGAAUUUACCAACGCAUUUGGUUCAGAGAGUCGUGAGCGAGCUUGGCUACGUUAUGGACGAACUGCGAUACAUCUACGAACCGCAUAGUCAAGGUCCGGACAGAAAGAUGUAUGGCAUGUAUUAUGCUAUCGCUCAAGCAUUGCUUUACAUCUUCUGCUUCCGCUGGCGUGACUUGAUUGAUCGCACCAAGCUGGGAGACAUGACCGAGGAGGAUAUGAUUGCCGAACAGCGAGAUCUGCCGUGGAUACCUGGUGUCAAGGAGACUUUCAACCGCAACAUCACAUCAAUCCUCAACCCACUGAAGGUCUGCUCGCCAGCAAUCGUGAGCGAAUUCGCUAAGAUCGCAUGGCAUUUGCGAUUCCUGUACGUCUUCUCUUUGAUUGAGCGUAAUAAGCGCAUUCGACUGGGUCAAGCACCUCAACUUUACAGUCUUACUGGAGGCAUCGAAAUUGGCCGAAGAGAAACUGCUUGGGAUCGCAAGACUGGCGAUUCGCAUCAUCAACUUGAAGCGUACUUUCCAUUCGACCCAUACCACCUUCCCCAAAGUAAGAGAUGGAUAGAAGGGGAGUUCAACGAAUGGGAGCUUCCGCAAGGACUGAAGAAUGACGAAGAAGACGAGGACGAAGCCAGCGAUGAAGAGGAAGAUCAGGCAGCUGAGGAGUAUGAAAGUGACGACGAUUCAAUACCGGAAGAGAAUUUUGCGGUGCCCCCGCUUUCCUCGCCAGGAGUUACAUUGAUUAGCGGAUAAAUUACGGACGACAGGACGAAAAAGUGCAGCGUUUUAGCGAUGGAGUUUUGGUCCUGGACAUAUUUGCAUAGCGUGGGGUUCAGGGAUGACUGGACGCUUUGAUGACAGCAGCGUCUUGACUUGAGCAUCAGCGUAGCACUUUGAGAUAUAGCGAAAUGAAAGACUCUGGCAUACAUGGCGACAUGGGCUCAU